GCGAGAGGCGUGAAGGUUUAUGUCGACGGUGACGGUGGUUGGUUAAGCCUGCGUAUCAUUUGCGAUAGCGCGAGCAAAGGGUGCCCGUAUAAGUUGGUAGCCGACCGCAGCCUGAGCCACAGUACAUUUCUUUAGGUUUGGGUAGACGCACGCCGGUGGCUUGCCAGGGAGGAAGAGGCGUUCGGAAGUGGCUUGAUCGCGUAAUACGAGUGGGGAGAGGCAACCAAACAUGAACGUCGCACUGGUAGCCGGAUUGGUCAUCACCUCCCUACUGGCAGGCUGCGAAGGACAAGCAGCGAUCAAAGGACAGAAUGUGAUGUACCCGCCUGGGCAGGCAACCAAGGGAGGUGGUUUCUUCCCUGGCGGCGGCUACUUUCCCGGCUCGAAAGGAGGCAUGAAAGGCGGCGGAUACAAGGGAUUCCCGCAGCUGCCACAGCAGCCACAGUAUUCCCAUCAUGCCACAGCAGCAGUACCCGUUUAUAGGGCCACUCCAGCGACCGGAACAAGAGCCGUUCAUGGGCUGAAGUUGGAGGGCUCACCCUCGCAAGGCCCCACGUCGCGGAUUGUUUGAGUGCUUAAGCAGGUAAAAAACAAAAAUAACUAUUAAAAAAGACACGUGGAGGCGAGAGAUUACUGUGUACUGGUUGCUUCGUUUCAACGGCAGCGCUUUCACCUUGAAGAAAUAAAAAAAAAACGUCAUCUGCAGUGUC